AUGAGGGCAAUGAUUCUUCUCGCUUUCUUGCUGAAUAUCUUCUUUCUACAAGCUACAGCACAAGAUUCUACCGCUUCUUCUGCUCCAACGCCAACAUCGUCUGUUUCAUUGACUCCAGCAAUGUCUUCUAGUGCUGUUGCGGCUCAGUUCUCUAGUCUAGCGACUUCUUCUCCCCAGCAGCCGGGAGAUGGUCCAGCAGCAGGAGAUGCUGGUUCUUCAGCCGGGGCCGGGGAUAGCAACGCAGGAGCAGCGGGUGGAGAUUCUGGAUCGAUUACUCUGUCGAGAGGCGCAAUCAUUGCACUCAUAACGAUCGCCGGAACAAUAUGCAUUGUUGGGAUUGUUUCGUCGGUACUUUGGUACCUUGCAAAGAAACGGUCAUGGGAGGUCCGCGCAAAGAUCCGAAGAUCCGCAAGACGAGUUGCUACUGCCUUGACGCCACGAAGAUCGACGUUUCCCAAAAAUGUGCAAGACAGAAGGAGGGCUUCGACUCGUGGGUUGACUAAGAUAAACGAGGUUCCGAAUACGCCGAGGGAUGAUGUCGAAAAGGGUAUGCCCAAAAUGAGUUCGUUUGAGCUCUCGGAACCUCCAAAGAAGUCGAAAUGGGCGAGAUUGGGUCGGUAA